AUGAGGCUGGCAAAGAAGGGAUUGCUAGAGCACCUAGACGCUAUGAAGGCCCCAGAAGAAGGAGACGCAAGCGCGUCAACUUGGAAAGUCAACGACAUGAAGGCCUUCGCGAUUGUGUCCACAAUGAUCAGCACAAAUCUUCAGUCAAUGGUGCGCACGGCAGAGACAACGGCAAAAGCAUGGGACAUACUGAAGACUUUCUUCCUGCGGCAAAGUAUGCACAAUCGUGUGCAGUUGCGGCGGCAACUACAUGAGUUCAAGUUGGCCAAGGGAGGAAGCAUCAUGGAUCACUUCCUGAGAUUUGACGAGCUGUGCAUGACUAUGCAAGCUGUGGGACAAGAGAUCUCACAGGAUGAGCAUUUGGUCAUCCUAUUGGGUAGUCUAACGAGAGACUAUGACCCUAUCGUCAAGAUAAUUGAGAACAUGCCCGGAAUGACACUGUUUCACGCUAAGGAAAUGCUGAGACGGGAGUACGAUGGAAUGGCGAGGACAGAACACCAAGAAAUCGCACUGAAAAGUACGCACACUUCCAAGUACAAGAAAGGUCCGCGCAGACAUAUGGGGAGAUCAAGUUCAAGAGGUGAAAAGUUUUCGGGAAGGUGUUACCGAUGUAACAAAUAUGGGCACAAGCGUCAAGAUUGCAAGGCUGAACAAGUGGAGACAGAGCGAUCUGGAGAAGAGAGAGCAUUUACUGCGUCAAGUCGGACGUCAGCUGGAUGGUUAUUGGACAGUGGGGCAAGCAGCCACAUGUGUCCCGACAGAAAUGAGUUUUCGAAUUUAAACUCACUGACGGACCCGAUCAUGAUCACCAUAGCAGACGGCAGCGAAGUGGAAGCGUAA